AUGCUGGGGCACUUGUGGCUUUCGCUCCUCGUGGGAGCAGCGGCACAGGUCGAAGUCAAUGAAGUGGGGCUCAGUUUGGCAAAGGCCUUUGCUGCCUCCUCUGUUCAGGCGCAUGUCGACAUCGCCAAGAUGACCGGUGAUUUGAUGGCGAAGCAGAAGCAGUUGAGCACGGCCAAGCUGAAGGUCGAGCAAUUGAUCACAGAGGAGAGAGCCUUUGCCAAGCGUACUGACCUCUUGGAGCAGCAGGAAUCCAGGAUGGAGGAGAUGUUGAAGCUUCAUGGCAGCGUUUCAGAGAAGGCUUCUCAGGCCAAGGCCAAGGCUCAGGCCUUUCAGAAGCAAAUGCUCUCACAAGAGGCCGAGGUGAAGGCUUUGCAGGAGGCUAUCAAGAGCCAAAGUUCAUUGCUGAAGUCCAGUGAGGAGAAGCUUCAGCUGUUGAAGCAAAAGGAAGAUGAUUACAGUCAUGGAGCACGCUUGGCAGUCUUGAAGAGUAAUAAGUUGGAACGGGAUCUGAAGGAUGCUCGCAUUGAGUUGGAGAAAAAGAAGGCAAACUUUACGGAGCAGCACGAGGUGGCGGAGAUAGCUGCUGCAAAACGAGAUUCAGUUCACCGAAUUCAAGAGCAUCAGAAGGAAGAAAAUGAGGAGAGCUCACAAUGGAUUGCAGCACACCGAGGCGAGGCGACUGUCAUAAACGAGCAGACAAUAUCCAUGGCGGAGAACGAUGUAGAGAACGCUAAGGAGUUGCUGAAGCAAUCACGUCAGAAGACCAAGGAGCAAGCUGAAGCCAAUGCCAAGGCAGUGGCGCAGCAGCGGCAAAAGUUCCUAGAGUGGGAGAUGGCCUCUGCAGAAGCCAUGAAGCAGGCGCAGGCACAGCUACAGUCUGCACGUGAGGAUCAAGAGAAGGCUUUGGCAGCUGCCAGCAGGCGCAUCCAAAGCAGCCUCACAGAUGUCAACGCAGCUGAGAGGACAAUGAGGGCGAAGUCUGAAUUGAAAUCCGUGAACGCAAAGCUCGCAGAGGAGGAGAAGAAGUUGAAGCAGCAACAUCUCGAGAACAAGGCCAAAGCCCAGGAGAUCUCCAAGGAGACGGCCCAGAUGGACGCAACGAAGAAGAAGCAUGAAUCUACCAUGAAGUCUGAGAUGGAGAAAGAGGAGCAGAAGAUGAAGAAAAUGAAAAUGGAUGCCCAGGAGAUGUGGAAGAAAGAUCGGGCUGCUGAGGCCAAUAUGGAGACGACACUGCAUAAAGUGCGCUCUGACAAAGAGCACGAGAAGCGCCAAGUGGAGGAAGUGGACGCGGAGCUGCGCAGAGCCCGCAAGCGACUUCAGAAGGCACAAGUGAAAUUGCAGAUUGCAGAGCAGCAGGGCAAACAGCAGCAGCUGGACUAUGAACAGAAGAUGUAUCAGGGCCUUCUCAUUGUCAUUCCCAUUUUCGUGGGAUGGUUUGUCACAGGCUAUGGUGAAGGUCCUCACUCUGUGCGACAGGUGGGGCUUACCGAGUUUGCCCUUCCGGAGAACUAUGAUGAAUUCAAAAUCACAGAGCAACACCGGGAGGAAUUCUUCCGGGAUGGCGCCAGUCUUUUGAAGGGCGUACUGCGGCCCUCUAUGGUUGCGAAGCUUCGCGCGGUGGUCGAAAGGAGGCAACCUCAAUUGACCCCACCCACUUCAAGCAAUUUGUGGAUGGACUCGGACGAACUCUUGGAUUUCUACCUUUUUGGGCCUCUGGGUGGCAUUGCAGCACAACUUUUCCAAAGCCGAGAUGCUGUUACUAGUCACUUGGCACCAUCUGCUCAGCUACAGAGGGAUUUCAUCAGCAAGAGAUAUCAGGAGGCCACCAAUGGAUGGCAUAUCGAUCGCACUGAGUGCCAAGGUGGGGAUCAGCCAUCCAAAUUUAUGUCCACUGCUCUGCCAAGACUAGCAAUUCCGCUAGAUGCACAGGCUGUGCGGGGCACACAGAUCAUAAACCAGUCCAAGUAUGCAGCUGCCCUGUCAGCAAAAGAUGCUGAGCUAUAUUGGGCAGGAAAGGCACCUUAUCGCCGCGAAGGGCGAUUUGAGCCAUUUUAUGGCUUUGAGUACAACACAAGCGUGCCCAUUUUGCCGGGAAUCACUUUGAAAGAAGACAUGAUCAUGGAACACUGGGUAGAACCUGGAGAUGUGGUGAUUUUUAACACCUGUUUGUGGCACAGAUCGCCUGACUGGGCUGGCCCUGAGCCCGAGCUAGGCUUACAGCCAACUUUUGCCAACGUCAAGGCAGAGGAGCAUGCACAGGAAGAGGUUGAGAAGCUACAGAUUGAGUUCCACCAGCUGCAUGAGGACAAGAAUGCCAAGAUCACAGAGUUGAGCCACAAGCUUGAGGAGACGAGAGCUGGCAAGCUGCGCGGCUCGUAA